GUUUUUCUCCUCAGAAGCAGACACGGGUUACGCUACUGAUGGCACCACAGUGAAACUGCUACAUGGGGACACAUGGCUGCCUAGAAGGCUGGAAUCUUACCAACCACAUCCUGAAGAACUAACAGAUGACCACCCAUCAGACUAAAGAGGGGUUUUUACUGCAUCCAGGCUGGAAUUAGCCCAAAGAUACUACUCAUGUUGGAUGAUGAACAACACUGCUAAGUGCCAUGAUGAUCACACCCUGGAUAUAUAUUUGUUUCCGUUUGUGUACAGCAUUGUGAUGAUGAUCAGUAUUCCCAUCAACUGCAUAUCCCUCUAUGCAUCUUGCAUUCAGGCAAGGAAAAAGAAUGAGUUAGCAGUCUACAUCUUCAGCUUAUCCCUGGCUGACCUUUUGUACUCUCUGAUACUGCCUCUGUGGAUUGAUUAUGCAUGGAAUGGAGAUAACUGGAGGCUCUCUGCCUUGCUUUGUCAGAUUUCUGCCUUCCUUAUGUAUAUGAAUUUCUACACCAGCACUGCAUUCCUUGCUUGCAUCUCUGUUGACAGGUACCUGGCAUUAGUUCACCCCUUGAAGCUCCAGCACUUGCGCACAAGAAGAUUUUCGUUGAUUGUCAGCAUAAUUGUUUGGUUUCUGGAAAGCAUCUUGAAUUCAGUCAUAUUGGUGAACAAAGAAGUAUUCAAUGAUCCUUGCAAUUUCACUAAUCAUACGUUAUGCUAUGAUAAAUACCCCCUGGAAUGGUGGCAGGCAUGGAUAAAUUUAUUCCGGAUAUGCUCAGGGUACCUGGUCCCUUUGCUAAUCAUUGUGUUUUGCUACUAUAAAAUCUACCAAGUAGUGAGGUGUAAUCAAGCCACAGUAGAUGAAGAAAAGAAAAAAGUGAGGAAACUUAUUCUGAAUAUCACAGUUACUUUCAUUGUUUGCUUCACUCCUUAUCACGUUAUAUUGCUUAUUCGCAGCAUCAGAGAACCUUACACCACUGAUCCACAGCUUUUGCAGUUGAUGUAUAAGGUUUACAGAAUCACACAGGCCUUAACAAGUUUGAAUUGCAUUGCCGAUCCCAUUCUUUACUGCUUUGUGAGUGAAAAUGCACGAACAGACAUACUGAAUUUGCUCAGGUGUUGCUUGUGCCUACGAAAACGUGAGGGAGACCAAGUGGAAGACCAUGCUCUGUACAGUUGUCCUACAAAGAACAGUGUGCUGAUCACAUACAGAACGUGAAAUGGAGACUGUCAAAAAUGUCUGAGCAAGCACAUUCAAUGCAAAAUUGGAUAACCUAAAGGGGAAAGAAAGAAAAAUUCUUCCCCAGUCUGUACCUAGGAAAUACCCCAACAGUCACAGAUACUAAUCUAAGUGAAACCAGUAGCUGGAGCUAAUAAGAACUUAUUACAGGGUCAAUGAAAUCAAUGGAGUAUCAACACGUAUCUUUAAAUCAGGCAUGGUGCAUAAAUCAAUGUCAACAAACAAACGCAUGGUCAAGAAAGAUGACCAUGACACACUGACAAAAUUACUGACGAUCCCCCACAGAACUGCCUCCUGUCACAGCUUAUGAGAAGAUCCCUCUGCGUGUAAAUUACCAAUUUCUCCAUUACAAAUUGGAGAAAUUUCAUUGGUCUCAUGAGUUCCUGUUUCUGUCUAUUUAUACUUUCAAUUAAUUUCAUAUUCCAAGAGGGGAACUUGAGAGGCUGAGGAGGUCGGGCUUGUUCAGCCUGGAGACCACAAGACUUUGGGGGACCUAAUGGCAGCCUUGCAAUACCUGCAAGGAGGGUAUUGGGAAGAUGGAGCCAAGCUCUUCACAGAGCGCAUAGCAGGAGGACAGGAAAUCAUGUGCAUAACUUGAAGCAAAAAGGGUCAGAGUUGGUAUAAGGAAAAACUUUGAAACUAUGAGGACUGCCAAGCAGUGGAGCAGGUUGCACCAAGAUGUUCUGCAUGCUCCAUCCUGACAAGUUUUCAAGACCCAACUGAACAAAGCCCUGAGCAACCUGGUCUGGCCUCAUGGCUGACCUUCCUUUGAGCAGAAGGUUGGACUAGAGAUUUCCCAAGGUCCCUUCCAACCAGAAUUGUCCUGUGAUCCUAUGAACUGUGUAUGUCACUAAUCUGCCUGUUGCCUUCCUCUCUAAAAAAGUAUGUUCCUUUCCCUUGUUUGUUUUAAUUUGCUGGAUUUUGUUUUGGUUUGGGGGGGGGG